AUGAGUAACGUGUUCGAGGGAUACGAACGCCAGUACUGCGAACUUUCUGCUAAUCUAUCAAAAAAGUGCACUGCAACUACUGCUCUUAAUGGAGAGCAAAAGAAACAAAAAGUUUCUGAAAUAAAGGCUGGAAUUGAUGAAGCAGAAGCUUUGAUUCGAAAAAUGGAUCUUGAGGCAAGAAGUUUGCAGCCAAAUAUCAAGGGUGUACUUCUUGCUAAGUUGCGGGAGUAUAAAUCAGAUCUAAACAACCUUAAAAGUGAAAUUAAGAAAAUUGUAUCUGGAAACUUGAAUCCUUCUGCACGGGAUGAGUUGUUGGAAUCAGGCAUGGCAGAUGCUAUAACGGCAUCAGCUGAUCAGAGAACAAGAUUAAUGACAUCAACUGAGAGAUUGAACAAAACUGGUGAACGGGUUAAGGAUAGUAGGAGAACAAUGCUGGAAACCGAAGAGCUUGGUGUUUCUAUUCUCCAAGAUUUGCAUUCACAGCGACAAUCUCUAUUGCAUGCACAUAGCGCGCUUCAUGGAGUGGAUGAUAACAUAGGAAAGAGCAAGAGAAUUAUGACAAACAUGUCAAGAAGGAUGAACAAGAACAAAUGGAUCAUUGGCUGCAUUGUGCUUGUCCUGCUUGUUGCUAUCAUUGCGAUCCUAUACUUCAAACUUGUUAAAUAG